ACACCGACGUCAGCGCCGACAGGAGUCCGUCCAAUGGGGAGGGGAGGGGAGGGGGCGUUCACGUCGCCGUCAUUCCUCGUCCCUCAUCGGCUGCGUGAACCGAAACAGAACGAAUGGGGAACGAGACAGAAUAAACGACAGAAACAAGUGCAGCUAUGGGCAAGUCCCAGUCACUCUUGGCCAAACACAAAGACGAGAGUCAGGACGUGUUGACGAGUGAAGGCGAGUACAGAGACGGUCAGAGAGAAGAGGAUGGCAAAAAUGGAGAUGUGUCUCAGUUCCCCUACGUGGAGUUCACCGGACGGGACAGCGUAACAUGCCCGACGUGUCAGGGCACCGGCAGAAUCCCACGAGGUCAAGAGAAUCAGCUCGUGGCUCUGAUUCCAUAUAGCGACCAAAGGCUCAGGCCAAGCAGGACAAAACUAUAUGUCACAAUAUCCGUGGCUCUUUGCCUGCUGCUGUCUGGCCUGGCUGUUUUCUUCCUUUUCCCUCGCUCCAUCGACGUCUCCUACGUGGGAGUGAAGUCUGCCUAUGUCUCCUACGACCAGGACAAACGAAUUGUCUAUCUCAACAUCACAAACAAUCUGAACAUCACCAAUAACAACUACUACGCCAUAUCUGUGACCAACAUCACAGCACAAGUGCAGUUUUCCAAGACGGUGAUAGGGAAGGCCAAGUUUAACAACAGCACAGUGAUCACACCAUUGGAUGAACACCAGAUUGACUACACAGUCCCCACCACCAUUGCUGAUGAGAUGAGUUAUAUGUUUGACUACUGCACUUUGCCAACCAUUAAAGUUCACAACAUAGUGGUCAUGAUGCAGGUGACGGUGACGACGUCGUACUUCGGACACGCGGAGCAGGUCUCCCAGGAGAUGUACCAGUAUGUGGACUGUGGGGGGAACACUACCUCCUUGCAUGGACAGGUGCAGGUCUACCAGUAAGGCGAGAGAAAAGACCCAGGGUGUCAUGUAACUGCUGUAACUGAGGUUCUCAGAGAUCGACUGCAAUGGCUUUUUUUAAUUAGUCACAGCAUUUUUAAGGUCCUUACCUCUUUUUUCAUUUAUAGGUAAGAUAUGUUCAAUCUUUUUAUUUUGCAAUUUCAAAAAAAAAAUAAUGUCAUUUUUCACAGCCGAAAAAACUUACCUGCCACAGCCAGAUUUUUGCAGGACUCAACUCAAAGGUUGUCGUCAUUUUUCCAACCUGGUUCCGACAAAAAUAGAGAUAUAUAUAUAUAUAUAUAUAGAGAUCGAUGGAAAGAAAUUACAGUGGUUUCAGGUAUGAUGCACUUUGGCCUGUUCGUUCCUUAUCUACAGAGAGCAAUACAAAUGUUGAAUGAAUAUGCCCCCUACUGUUCUUUAUCCCAUUUAAAUACUCUUGAUGAAUGGGAAAAUUUAGGGAAAACACAAUAAUUAAGAUGUGAGGGUACUUGACUUUUUUUUUUACUUUUCCCUCUUCAUUCCUUCCUACUGAAGUCAUUCUUUUAUUUUAUUUUUCCAUGAAAUAAAAUUCUUGAUAUGAUAUAGUGUAAUAUAUUUGAUGAGUCAUCUUUAUAUCUUCAUCCUUUCUUUUUCGGUUCAGAAUUCCUUAUUCUCAGCUUGAGUAAAGGUUGGUAAUAGCAGUUCUUUUCUUGUUUAUCAGUCAUCCACCAGCAAAUGUGACAACUGUGAAGACUUGAACAUCAGCAUAUCUCAAAUGAAUAAUCAAAAACAUUUUUUGCCAUCUAAUAAUGAAAAAAAAAGGGAUAAUAUUUCCAUUUCCAUAGCAAAUGUGGGAGCAUUACAAUGGGCUAUUAAAAUACAAAAAUGUGUAAAUAUAAAAUAUCUACUUCUGGUUUGCUUCUAAAUACUUCAGAUUCAGAUUUAGUGUUUGGUCUGGAAGUAACUUUUCCCCUUAAACAAGUUUGUGUUUUUUUGUGGAUUUAAGUGUCACAGCUUUAUUAAUCAAAUCUGAAUCUUUAAAUUAAAUUUUGAGUAUACUGCUUUUGUUAAUUUUAAUUAUAGAGAUUUUUGUCUGUCACUUCUCAUCAUUCUGGACUGGUUUGCCUUAAGUCAAAGACAUUGUGUAACUGAAUGCUCUUGUAUUUUUGUUGUACAACACCACAAACAGUUUACAUUACUGACUUUUUAUGUUGCCAGUAACACAGAAAUACCAGAUGCAAAAAUAAUUUCAAAGUUAAAAAUUUCUGAUCUGAGUUGUGAUCACACAGGUAGGAAAUUCGGACAGAUAAUAUGAAUUCUAGUCAUCAGAAAACUGUAACCCUAGAUCAAAGCCUUCAUGACAUCUAAUAACAGUGUAGAUAUGAAUACUUUAUUGUUCCUGCCUAACAUCUCAAUGUUUUUGUGUUUUUAAUGCAUGAAGCUGAAAAUAAAAUCAUGAAGUACUUGGAAA